AUGCAAGCAAAACAAUUUGAUGAAGUUGUUGUCGAAGUAAAACAUGUAUCAAAACAUUAUAAAAUUGCAGGUAGAGAAGAUAAAGUUAAAGCAUUAAAUGAUAUACAUUUAGCAGGAGAUUCAGAACUAUUACCAAUUAGAAGAGGGGAAUUUGUAAUGUUAAGAGGACCAUCAGGUGGUGGCAAAACCUCAUUAUUAAAUCUACUUGGUACAAUCGAUAGAGCAACAGAAGGAACAAUAGAGUUAUUUUCAAACCCAAUUAAUGUAGAUUCUACUGACGAAUAUUUAGCAAAAUUAAGAUUAGAAAAGAUUGGAUUUGUUUUUCAAACCUUCAAUUUAUUAGCAACAAUGUCAGCUUAUGAAAAUGUUGAACUACCAAUGAUUAUUUUGGGUAAAUUAAAUGAAAAAGAAAGAAAGAAAAGAGCAAUCGAAUUAUUAACAUUGGUAGGAUUACAAGACCGUUUAGAUCAUUUACCAUCAGAAUUAUCAGGUGGUGAACAACAAAGAGUAACCAUUGCAAGAGCACUUUCAAAUGCCCCAGAAAUUUUAUUAUUGGAUGAACCAACUGGUGAUUUGGAUACAAAAAACACUGUAGAAGUAAUGGAUUUAUUAUUAGAUUUAAAUUUAAAACUAAAGACAACUUGCAUUAUGGUAACCCACAAUCCGGAUAUCGAAUGUUAUGCUGACAGAAUUUUGUAUAUUGCCGAUGGUGUUUUUGAAAAACAAGUUUUUAAUAUCGAACAAACCAGAUUGGAUUAUGAUGAAUAUAUUGCAUAUUUAAAUUCUCAAGCUGGUCAUUAA